UUUCUAUCUAGUUGCUAAUCAUAAAUUAGUGACCACCCCUCCUCUUCUCAGGGUUGAUAUAUUCCUCUUGUCUAGUUUAUCUGGGGCAUUAUCCUCUGUACUAUUCUCAUUCUUCAUUCUAUAGAGAACUGCUAAUCUAAUCCUUGCUUUCUCUUGUCACUGUUACAACUCCGCCGCGUUCCCAAUCCCUUCAAUAUGCAUACCUCUACAUUGCUCUUAGUCCUCUCUUCGCUUGGUGCUCAUGCAGUUCCUCUCCUCCGUCUUAGGGCAAAUGACACCCUCGCGCGCAGGGACGGUCAAUAUUCGGUUGUGAAUGUUGGCGGUCUAUCUAGUGCCGAACCGACCCCCGUCGUCGAAACCAUUACUGUUGGCUCUCCUCCACAGCCCCCGGUGACAAUUACUAUCACCCACACUCCAUCGUCAUCCCCUUCCAGUACCCCUUCUCCCUCAUCAUGGAGCGUUGGGCCAUUGUCAACUGGCAUUCCCAGCGGAGGGACCCCGAUCGUGGCUCGAGGACUGAACGCAACUGCUCGGAGAUUCCGGAGGUCUUCCUCUACCAACAGCACUGAUGUUCAUGAUCUUACUGCUCGUCAUAAUGGCACCGUGUCUCACCUUAACGCUCGAAGCAACAGUACUGCCAUCUUAACUGCCCGUGGAAACAGCACAGAGUCCAAGAUUGCCGCUAGGGGCAAUGGUACUGCUACUGGUCUGGGUGCUCGCAGCAACAUUGUCAACUCUCGUCUGGCAGUCCGUACCAAUAACACUGCGUCUGCUGUUGUCGCUCGCAGCAACAGUACCGAGACCAACGCCAUCACUACGCGCAGCAACAGCACCAACUCCCGCAUCAGGGCUCGCAACUUGCACAUCACUGACCGUGCUGUUCUUUACCUCCGGGAUGCCCUCAACUCCACCCGCGUUCAUGACAGCCAUGCUGUGGUGAAGAGGAGCUCGAACGGUACAUUGCUUGACGCUUAAGGCCGAUGCAGAAUACAAAAUAGGCCUGGAUGUGCGCGAGCGACAGAUUGCGUCUCUUGGCCAGAAUGAUUGGCUACCUCAUCGCUUAUAAGAUAAGCAAAGUGAACAAUGAAAUGACGGGUACGAUAUGAAAAGAUUGAUGAAAAUGACGGAUGACCACUGGCACGCUUUCCUUCUCAUUUGCGGGUUUUGGUUUUAAUGAUUGAACAUGAUGUUCGAUGUGAUGAUGAUAUACAUAUGCAUAUGGCGUUUUGUGUCUUUCCUUUGGCAUAUUUGUUUCUCGGGUGGGUUUACUUUUUUUUCUUUCGAUCGUUGCUUUAACUACCAGACUAGUUCUUUAUGGGUUGUCAUAUUUAGAUAGUUUAGAUGGCAUGAAAUUGCCAGUGAGUAUAUAGAUGGGAAUAGAAUGCAUAUACU